CCCAGAGAUUCAAUGGACGAAAUGCUCCCCCGUAAUGACCAAGGGAUUAGAAUUGGACAACCGCGUAAGGUGGUGAUGAAAAAAUUCAAAUUACUAAGCUUGAAGAAUUACUUUUGGAAGACGAGGGAACUCGAGCAGGUAGACGAGAAACGAGUUCGUGGCACCGCAACGGCGUACUUGUUAUACAUUCUGGGAACUGUUAUCUUCCCUGACCGUUCAGGAAAAACUGUCAACGCCAAUUUCCUGCAGUUAUUGAAGGAUCUACAUAGGGUUGGGGAGUAUUCACGGGGCACUGCUUGCCUGUCAUAUUUACUUCAUAACCUUAGACAAGCCUCUAGGCUUGGAUAUUCCCAAAUUGGAGGGAAUGUGGGUCUGCUCCAGGUGUGGGUUUACGAGCACUUUCCAACUUUGAAGUUGGGCACCACCAUUAAAAAAGAUUGGGAGGUAGGAAGUCCUAGAGGAGGUCGAUAUGCCUUCACCAAAUCUCAGUCGAAGACUAAAGGGAUUGAAUUAAUUUCCCUGAGAGGCUUUGGACAAAAUGACGGCUCAACAGGUAACAUUUGACCCCUACUUGGAACAUAGGCAACAAGGAUUGUACCCAAGGUCACCAACCGCCUUUUACAACGGACCUUUGUUUUAUCACCACGGAUGCCUAAUGUACAAUCCUCGUAGAGUCCUGCGUCAACUAGGUUUUAUCCAAACCGUACCUGGGGAGGAAAAAUUCAAAAUAUUGAAGGACCAAACACAAUCAUCAGAGAGUAAAUUUGAGCCUAAGUACAAACCAGCACCAGACACCCAUCAUUGGAACGAACGCCUAAGGUAUUGCGUAGAUAUCAGUGAGUUAAGGCCUUUCGACGUAGCCGAUCAAUGUGACAAAAUGUACAUGAAGUGGUUCGAAACUAUUUCACAUACUCAAGUGGUAAAUCCAAAAUGUUCAGCGGUGGUCACGAGGAAUCCUAUCAUCGAAGACGUAUCAAAGUCCAAGGCUCUGGAAUUAGUGAUGUCACGGGCUAAGCAUCUUGUAAAAAAAUUGAGUUGCUCAAUUGAUUCUGGAGUUCCAAUGACGGUUGCUGAUCAAAUCGUACUCCGUCAACAAAUUGAGAACUUGCCAUGUGAAAAUGCCGAACAUCUCUAUGGCCGUAAGAGGACUCGAGAUUCUUCACAAGAUGCAACUACAAGCACAGCCAGUAAGGACGCGAAAGUGAAGGAUGCAAGAGGUCGUCGAGGUGCUUCUACAAUCGAAACCGGUGAAGAAAGUAAAGUCGAUGGCAAGAGACAUUGUGGUCGAGGUCGUCGAGGUGUUGGUGUUAGCUAGCCUUUGUUCUGUUGACUAGUUCUCGAGUCCUGGAGUUUUUUUGUUAAGGCCAGUCCAGCCUCUGUCAUUUGUCCUUAUUUUUCAAGGUCUAGCUCAGUGUAAUUAAAGAAUCCUUGUUAAUUAUAUGCUCAAAAAUUAGCUAUCUGAAGAGUACACCAGUUCUCAUACGCAGCAUCAACAGCUCCGGCACAAGUUGGAGUGUGGUCGUCGCAAGAGAAACAAGUCAAAAAAGAGUGGAGAAGAAAAAGAAAAUGGUACAGACAACGAGAGAUUAUUAGUUACUCUCUGAGAGAAUCAAAAAGGGAACUAAGAAAAUCUAGCAGGAGAAGAGAGUGAAGAGAAUUUCUCAGUCGGAAGUACAGAUUGAACUAGACAUUUUCAAUGCAAAAUACUUCCAGAAAUGGUAUGCAAUUACAAAUGGAGCAUGCAGACACGUCUCUUCCUCUUCCAGAUUUAAAUGGAAGAUUGAAAACAUUUCAAAAUUGGAUGAUGAAAAUCGUUUCUCACCUAUUUUCAAAAUAGGUCCUCGUAAAUGGCGAUUGCUGGCUUUUCGCAGGGGAUGUAAUACGAACGGUUACUUGUCAAUCUACGUGGUUGCUAUUGAAUGUAAGGAAUGGCAAUUUGCGAAAUUCUGCUUGUCCGUUGUUGAUCAAACAAAUAACAGAAACACAUUGAGAAAAGAAAAGAUACGGAAGACAUGUUCCGGUUCACCAAGGAUGAGAGCGACUGGGGCUUUGAUGAGUUCAUAAAGUUAGAAGAGCUUAAAGAUCCUAGCAAUGGGUAUAUAGUGAAUGAUGCUUGUAUUGUUGAAGUUCAAUUCUGUUUAGACUCAAUACAAGAUUUUAAAGAGGAGUUGGUGCCUAUAGAACUCAUGGAAUCCGUCGAGGAGAGGAAUUUAGUUACAAUGCCGGUACAACAAUGUCAUACACAUAGAAAGCUAGAUGAGAAAACCAAUAAACAACUAGCGUGUGAGGAGUCAGUCGCAGAGAUUCAAGAGCGAUCAUUUGGUAUAGCCACCACAGCUAGUAUUGGUACCUCACUAGAGAAUACUUUAUGGCUGGAUAACACUUCAGCUUUUACCCAUGCAUUUUGCCAAACCUCCACAGUACCAAAGGAUUCUGGAUCCAUGUUGCCAAUGGAGAAGAAGUAGUAGAGACUGAGGUAUCUGGACCAAAUGUCGUGCAUGUUGACCGAAAAGGCAUAUAUUGUGACAAAGGUGAAGGGACAAUGGAAGUAACUCCAUCUAAUUCUGAAACUCCUAAUCCUCGACAAGGCAGCAUAAAAAAAAACUGAGGGCAAAUAACAGGAGAACUAAGACAAGGGGCCUUUUACCUGGAGUUGUAAUUCGUGACCAGUCAGUAGAAAAACAAAGAGAAGAAAAAGUACCACAACAACAACCAUCACAAGUGAAAGAGAAGCAGCAGCGUGCUAAACCUCGGAGUAGAUGGGCUCACAUUCCAAUUGACGAUAAGUUAAUCAAGCGUAAGAAGGGGGAGAAACUUCCGGGUCUUCCGCUCGAUGGAGGAAAGGUGUUGUUUGGCUACAAGCAUUCAUGGGCUGCCAAAAUCUAUGAGACUGAGGCAAUUUCUAGUCUAAACCUUAGCUAGUUUAGUUGUCGUUUUUUUCAAGUGUGUCUAAUCAAUUCAUGUGAUGUGUUUCUUAGGAUCAUAGAGAUGCGAUCCGAAAUUUGAGACACCAGAUGGCUAAGCCGUGGGAUUUGUCGCUCGAGGUUGAUGAGGUAGUGGAUUUAGUACAUGCUUCUGGUCUUUGGCCUGCGAUUCGUUAUGCACAGACUGAAUAUGAUUCAGUGACAGCCUCCGCUUUUACCGAAAGAUUUUAUCCUGAGAUGUAUACAUUUCAUUUCGCCUUCGGUGAGAUGACAAUCACUCCUAAAGAUGCAAAGAAGAUUUUACACCUUAGUGUGACCGGGAAAAGCGUGACUGAGAAUUUUGUUGACCCGAUGCCUUGGGAGGAUCUUUACCAAUUGGUCGAAUCAACUCUUGGUUGGGAUAAAGAGACGACUGAAUUAGAGUUCUGUCGUGCUGCUAAAGAUGUGGAUGAUUUGAGUCAUGGCAUGGGUCAAGAACCAAAGAAGUUGAAAUCAAUCAAGUUGACGAAUUUGAAAAAGGAGUUUGAGAACACAAAGCAGAAAGUUAAAGAAGGGAAGUUGGUGAUGGACGAGAACAAAGUAAAGUAUACUGCAAGAGCAUACCUAUUGUACACUCUCGGCCGCCUUAUCUUUCCCGACCUAACUGGAAAUAAGGUGAAUGCACAUUAUCUCCAACUAUUAACGGAUCUUAACACUGUUCACCAGUACUCUUGGGGAACUGCUGCAGUUUCAUACUUACUCGAGCAGCUUGCAAAAGCCUCUAGGCUCCAAAGUACUCAAAUCGGAGGAAAUUUCAGUCUGCUUCAGGUGUGGGUAUAUGACCAUUUCCCGCAAUUGAACUUAGCCAAAAUAGACACAAAUUGGGUUAAUACAAAACCUACUUCGGCCAAAUACUCAUUCGAGCAUAACAAGAAGAAAGGUAAGUCCGAGAGUUUGAUAAAGUUGAGAGAGAAGUUAGACUCUUUAAAUGCCAAAGACGUCGUAUUUGAGCCUUAUUUUGAUGAUGAAUGCCAAGACGAUCAACAUGCACCUGUGUCAUUUUACUAUGGACCAUUGUUUCAUCCUGGUGGGUUUUCAUUGUAUGAUCCUCGUAGAGUACUCCGCCAAAUAAGUUAUAUUCAAACGGUCCCGAAAGAGAAAGAUGAAAAGUUCAAGUCGUUGGUAGCAGGAACUAAGAACACCUAUGGUUUCUUUAAGCCCCAAUAUGAUCCCGAACCUAGUCUUGAUCAUUGGAAUAACUCGAAAGAGAACCAAAUUGCUACGACACACGUAACCCCUUUGGGUGAUUAUCGUUGUCAACAUAGUGAUAAUUAUAUGGAUUGGUAUAAUCAAAUUUCUCAUCCUCUAGUCAUCAAUAAAGAAGCUCUAAGUCAUGCUGAAGCAAAAAGACUUGCAGAAAAGGCAACGGAAACUGAGAAGACGAAGAAGUCUGCCCCUGGUAUCCAAGACGCGUCAAAGGCGUACGAUAUUACGGUGAAGGAAGGCAGACAGUUGUCGAAGAAAAUGAUGAGGAGAAUUAAGUGCAACAAACCGUUGACGGUGGUCGAGCAAAAAAUCCUUUAUGAUCGUUGGAAAGCAAUCAUAACCAAAGGUAAAAUCUAUCUAGAGAAGACAUUAAUGGAAAGGGUGACCAAGAGGACCCGCCAAGAAGGUGAAGGUACAAGUCGAGGUGCUACUACCGGGGAGGAAGCUGAGACCGACGAAGAACAACAAAGUGAAGUUGGUAGUCGUCGAGGUGAAAAGAGAUGUCGUGGAAAAUGAAUAUACGUCAAGUUUCUGACGCAGUUUGAUGUUCACAUAUUCUAAAUUUGAUUUAGGAUGGUAUCAUAGAACACAUUGAUAGUUUAAAUUGUGGAUUUCGUUUUGGUUUCGAACAAAUUAUCUUGCAACUGUAUGAAUAGUUUUAUUCGAAACCUUAAACUUAUGCUCGUUAUACCUAAUCCAAUGUAUGCAUUCGUUGCAAAAUCUCGUAUGUUGCAACUUGGCAAUGCUCUCUAGAAAA